AUGACCCCCCUUCGGCCAGGAGACGACUUCUCUGACCCGGCGGAUGGUGGGGAGAUUGAGAGUCCCCUCUGGCAGCCACCCGACAUUGAGAUCCGGCCAUUCACUGGAACAGAAAGUUUGCCAACGAUGGAGGAUCGGAGCCUCCUCCGACUCCUCCUGCUCGUGGUCCCCCAGUGUGUCCACCUAGACCGCUUCAGUAGGGAAAAAAUAAAUGACAUUGAAGGCACGAAACUAGAUGACCACUUUCUUGACUUAGAAAGGAAAAUAGAUAUCACCAAUAAAGCUGUUACAGAAAUUCUUUUGAAAGCCACAGAAUACAUUCAGCCCAAUCCAGCAUGCAGAGCGAAGCUGGGAAUGCUGAGCCCGAUGUUGAAGAUCCACAAUCAGAGGAAGGCCUCAGAGUGCCUGCAGCCAGAGGGCCUGCUGGGCGACUGCAUGCUCAAGUACGGCCAGGAGCUGGGCGAGGACUCCACCUUCGGCAGCGCACUGACCGAUAUGGGCAAAGCUAUGAAGCUGAUGGCGGAGGUGAAAGAAUCCUUUGAUAUUAACGUCAAGGAAACCUUUAUUGAUCCACUCCAGUUAGUACACGACGAAGAUUUAAAUGAGAUUUCGCACCACCUGAAGAGGCUGGAGGGCCGCCGCCUGGACUACGAUUAUAAAAGGAAGCACGUCGGAAAGAUCCCCGACAAUGAGAUCACACAAGCAAUGGAAAAGUUUGAGGAGUCCAAGGCCAUGGCAGAGAGAUGCAUGUUUAAUUUUUUAGAAAAUGAUGUAAGUAUUGACUCCAAGGAGACCCUCCUGGGAAUGGAAACAUUGACUGUGUGUUUGAGGGGAAGCUCUGGGAGCCUUUGUUGUCAUAAAAGUUUCCAGAAAUUUAUUUAUAUACUGGUGGCUGGGUGCAUGGAUUCAUGCACAUUGAGAGGAUAUUAA